CAAGGAAGCAGGGGAGUGGAAGCGUUCCAAAGGAGCUGGGAUGCAAAACAGAAUGGGUCUAGUUUUCUGUGCCUUUGCCCUCUUGAUGGGCUUCCUGAUGAUCUGCCUGGGGGCCUUCUUCAUUUCCUCAGGAUCAAUAUUCAACUGUCGAGGUAACCUGAUCCUGGCCUAUAUGCUUCUGCCACUGGGGUUUGUGAUCCUCCUGAGUGGAAUUUUCUGGAGCACCUACCGCCAGGCAAGUAAAAGCAAAGGAGUGUUCACCCAUGUGCUCAGAAGACAUCUUUCUCAUGGGGCACUGCCCCUGGCCACUGUCGACAGGCCAGAUUUCUACCCUCCUGCAUAUGAAGAGAGUCUUGAUGCUGAGAAGCAACCCUGUCCUACAACAGAGGGAGAAGUCUCAGAUAUUCCUCCACCACUGUACACAGAGCUGGGCCUGGAAUUUGAGGAGGACGCAGCUGAUGCCCACCCAGAGGCUCCCCCUUCCUAUGAGGAGUCUGUAGCAGGUGGGAUGCCGGCAGCCACACCAUUACAGGAUGCUGAGAGGCAAAGCUGAGGAUGCUGAAGCAGAGGACACUUCCUUGUGCUCGUGAUGCACCCUCAUGGGUUAGCCUUGAUAAUAAUAAAUGCAGGCACCAGACUAUGGGAGGGAAAGUGUCUUCCAUGACCCCCAGGAGCACUUGCCGAGGAGAUGCUGUGGAUGUCAUGCAGUUCCACAGAUGUGCUAGGCCCACGGGGACCCCAGAAGGAGCCGGCGGCAGCCAACAACAUUUCAACGGAUUUGCGCUAAUCCCAGCCCAGGUGGGCUUCGGGGACCAAUUUUGUAGCUCUGCUCCAAGAGGCCUUUGACUCUCAAUCCCCUCCCAUCACCUCAGCCUAUCCCUCAGCACCUCAGCAGGAGGAACAGGUGCUGCUCUUGGGGCAGCCGUGCGCCUUCAGGUACCACAUCACCCAACAAUCACAAAUGGAGAGAGUGCUGGAAACGAAGGAUCAGUGUGGUUUAAUUUGCAGCUUUUGUUGGCUGGUUUCAUAGUUCUCUCCAUAUUUACCAGAGUGACACUGUAGUUCACGUUGUGGGAGAUGUGCUCUUGGAAGCCAUGAAUAUUACUUGUAUUACUUUUUAAGUUAUGUGUAUUUUAUUUCUAUGUGGAAAACAACUGUAAUAUUUCCUUUCAAAAUGGCUUGAACACAAAGUUUUCAAUGAAUAUCUUAAAAACGGGAUGGUUGUACAAGCAGAGAUGAUGAGAUUUCUUAGACUCAAGUUGAACAGAUAGAAUACUUAAAAAUUCAUAAAAACACAGAAUUUAGGGAGGGAAACUGUACUAGUCAUAGGUGGCAUUAAUAUAGAUUUUGACAUAAAUCUUGAAAGACAUUAAAAUAUAUAUGAAAUGUAUAUUUCAACAAAUCCCCCACUGCAGAUCUUUAGAAAGGAGACUGUAUUGUAGUACUUUGAUCCUUAACAGAAAAUUCUUUGUGUCUCAAGAUACAGACCCACACAUUUGUAGACUUGGGACAUUUAUCUUAAGACCCACUGACUCCUCUUCAGCUUUGUUAUACUUUAUUACAUGUUUUAACACGAGAGGACAUGUCAGGUGGAAAGGUGGUGGGAAGAGAUGCAUUAGAGUUUGGACAAAAAUCUUCAUCUCUCUGAGCCUCAGUUUCUUCCUCAAUCAAGUGAGGAAUUUGUGCUGGGAUUAUUAUUUAAUAGCUAUGGAAUGUCUCUUAUAUGAUGGGUUCUGUGCCAUGAACCUUUUAUGCUUUUUAUUUAACCCUCAUCAUACCCUUCAGAAAUAAGUGCAAUGGUUAUUCCCCUUUUACAGACGUAUAAACUGAGACUUUGAGGUGUUAAGAAGAAACUUUGCCCAUAGCAUACGGUUGUUGCCAGUAGGGUGAAGCAGCGUCCACAGAGGGGCAUGAGAGGAUGUAUUUACUUCAAACAUUUGUGCUAGAUUAACCCUGUCCUCCCUCCCUUCUCCCACGGGGCAGUUUGGUCUUCUCUCCAGCUUCAGAAAGUGGACCCUAACAGGAAGAGGAGCCCCAGCACUGUGCAAUACCUUACAGUCCUUGGGGAAGCCAGAGAUCUUCCUUUAGGAUUCUCUUUUUAUUUUUUCUUAAUAUAAAAAAGGUUUUAAACUUUUUCAUUAAGGUAUAGUUGACAUAGAAUAGGGUUCUCUUUUAAAAUGUAAAUACUCCCUCCAUGUUUUCUGCCUAGGAGCUUGGCCCUCACCUCUCUGCGGUUUCAUUCUCUCUGAUUAUUCCAUCUAAGAUGAAAGGUGGCUCCUAUUGGUAACAGGCAGCCCUCAGGGAAGGGGCAGAGGGGGGGUUUGGACAGUGAUGGCAAGGAUGAAGAGCUUUCAGGGAGGAAGAAGGUUGUCGAGAUGGAAUGAGACCUCCAUGGCCUCUUCUUCCCAUUUUUGCUGAGCACACAGAUUACUCAUAUCCUGGCAAAUACACAGGAAGCCACACAAAAGAAAGUCCUGGUCCCUUUAUAUGAAACAUACAUUUAGGCACCCAUGAUUUGAAUCCUUGACAUCAAAGGUAUAAUUGGAUAUGAAGGCCACUCAUGGUUGUCCAAUGGGAAGGUGAUCAUUUAUUAGCAGUGCAAUGUAUUAUUUCUCUCUUGAACUCUCUUUCUAUCCCUCUAACCAAGACUGUUAUCCUGACAUCUCUGGGGUCUCAGCACAUCCACGGGCCAGAACAAAUUCUGUCAUUGGGCUUUCAUCCAGAGUUUGCAUUUGUAAUAGGUGGUUUUUCCAACUUCUGGUAGUCAUAUAAGACAUGUUAAUUUUGGUUUACAUACAAAAAUUGUUUUGAUCUUUUUACUGCAAUAAAUUUUGUACAUAAACUUUCUUCUCUU